AUGUCGUCCUCUUCUGCGCUUUGUUCUUGUUUGAGCAGCGGAAGCAGCGUCACGUCCACGCAUCGUCGUCGCAGAGCGUCGUCGUCUUCGUCGUUGACGUCUUCUUCUUCUUCGUCCUCUUUCUCUUCUUCCCGUCGUGGAUUCUCGCCGCCCUCGGUUUAUCUCAACAAGAACAAGAACAAGAACAACAUUAACAACAAAAACAACAACACUAGCAGCAGCAGCAGCGGUAGAAGAAGAUCAUCAUCAUCGUCGUCGAAAUUAAAAGUAUGCGCGGCGAUGAGUUCGAUCGAUGACCCGAACUUUGCGGACUUGUCCGACCGAUUGAAACUCGAUAACGUUCGUCAGUCGCUCAUUCGUCAAGAAGACUCAAUAAUCUUCGCGUUAAUCGAACGCUCGCAGUAUAAAGUGAACGAUAAGAUUUAUAAGACGAACUCUAUCGAUGUGCCGUGUUACGACGCGAAAACUGGCGUGAGAAGCUCGAUGAUUGAGUUUAUGUUGAGAGAACGAGAACAGAUGGAUGGGAAAAUUCGAAGGUACACUUCGCCGGACGAACACGCGUUUUACCCGGAAAGUUUACCACCGUUGGUUAUACCACCGAUGAACUUUGGGGAGGUUUUGCACGAAUGCGCGUUGAAAAUUAAUAUCAACGAUAGAAUUAAAGAGAUGUACGUGGAGAAUAUUGUUCCGGGAAUGUGCGAGAGCGGCGAUGAUAACAACUACGGGUCCGCCGGCUUGUGCGACGUGAACUGUUUGCAAUUAAUAUCGAGACGGAUUCAUUACGGAAAAUUUGUCGCGGAGGCAAAGUUUAGAGCGCAACCGGAUGAAUAUUCUGAUUUGAUUCGCAAACAAGACGGGAACGGAUUGAUGCAGUUGUUGACGAAUCAAGCGGUGGAAGACAGAGUGGUUGCGAGAGUCACGAACAAGGCGGCGUUUUACGGGCAAGACAUCAACGAGGAAGUUCCAGAUGCGAGCAAAGUUUUGACGAAUCCAGAAAACCAAAAGUAUAAAGUCGCGCCGGAAAUCAUCGCGGAUUUGUACUUUAAGUGGAUCAUGCCGAUGACAAAAGACGUGCAAGUUGAAUAUUUAUUGCAAAGGUUGGAUUAA